AACGUUAGCCAACACCAACCAACACACCCAAGUUUCUAUGCUAACUUAGUAACUGUAUAUUAUUGGAUUGGACAAAUGGUUGGCUUCAAAGUUGGUGGCUGGCUGGCUACACAUUGCAUCCAACACCAUCACACUACUUGCACCCAGGACCAGAACUUAAGACCUCCACAACUGAUAGUUCCAGUAGAGGAACAUUUUACGGGACGUAUCACUUGGCGCGACAGUUGGUACUUUCCAAAGAUUAAAGCAAAAUUUAUACAGUGUGGUUUAUUGGAUAGGGUGAAGGAAUCCCCUUUCAAACAGUUCUUCAUGGCGGAACCAUUAAAUUUUUCUGGUGCCUUAGUCCAUCAGCUGUUGUUGCACAAAUUCAGAGGGGAGAAGACUGACGAAGUCCAGUUUUAUAUUGGGAAAAAAAGAUGUGGAUUUAGCCAAUUGGAGUUCGCUUUAGUUACUGGUUUAAAUUUUGAGGCCGGACCGUCUGAAGCUGAGAUUAAAGCGAAGACCACUUCGGAUCGGUUGAUUCUUGAGUACUUCAAUGGUCAUUCCCCAGUGAGCAUAGGGCAACUGCGCAGAACUUUUGAGAGUUGUCAAAUAGUUGAUGAUGUGUACAAGAUGGGUUUGUGCUUAUUAGUUGAGGGUGUUUUGAAAGGUCGUGAGGAGAAGUUGAUGGUUUGGACUGACAUGCUGAAGAUGGUAGACGACGUUGACUUCUUUUUCCAGUACUCGUGGGGGAAGAUAUCAUACCAGAAGUUGUUACAAACUUGUCAAAAAGACUUUGUUGAAAUGAAGAAGCAUUUACAGAAGAAGAUUGAGAAAGGAAAGACUCAGAAGGAGGCCAAGUACUCUAUUUAUGGGUAUGCUGCAGCAUUGCAGUAUUGGGCUUUUGAGUCCAUCAUUGAGUUGGGUCAGGAUUAUGCUGUGAGAUUGGGCCAAGGCAUUCCAAGAAUGAUCAACUGGCAGAGCAAGGAGAAAGUAGAGAUACACAAAGAGCAACUUAUUAAGUUGUUUGCCAAAAAGUUGACAGUAUACCCCUACCUGUGUGCCCGACCUGCUGAAGAACAGUAUGUGAGGACCCUUACAGACAAUGAAGCCCCAUUGUAUGUGGACAUGGGGUUAGAGGAACUAGAGGUGGGUCCCGAUGGACAGCCUACACAGGAAGCCUUACAGAGCCAGGCUGAAAAGCUUGCUGAAAAGUUAGCUGAGCAAGCAGAAGCAGCAAAUAUUUUUAAGGAGGUUCCACCAGCUCAACCUGAGGCACCUGAGGUUCCCCCAUCAACACCUCAUGCCAGCACCUCCUCCCAAGCUGAGCAACCAGGCUACUCUAUGAUUUUGGCCAGGUUGGAAAAGGUUGAAGGGCAACAAAGUGCCCUUAUUAAAGGUCAGUCCGAGAUCUUGGGUCAAUUGCAGAAGUUGAUGACAAUGAUGGAAGAUCUUAGUAGGCCAGUUCCAGAUCCACACCCUCAGUCCACUGAAGAAGGCCCUCAGUCUCCUGUAGAUGAAGACAUUCUCCCUAAUGAUUACAGGCCUGAUGAUGUAGAUGAUCACAUUUUUCGCACACCAGAGGAUAUGCAAAUUACUGUAAUCGGAGAUACUGAAGAUUCUGAAGUACAAUUCUUAAACAUAGCUCCACCAGCACCGGAGAAGAGGAGAGAAAGAAAGAGGCCUAGGUGGUUCGAUGAGUACACUGCAAUGAGGAAAAGGAAUAAGAAAUCGAAGACAACAGUGAAUGUGGAUCCAUUGAGGGUUGUUGAAGGUAAAUUACUUAUGACCUUUCACAAGUGGUUGCUUGGCACCAUUGGGAAUAAAUAUCCGAGGGAAUGCUUCUCAGGGACACACGAUGCUGCUUGGUUCCUGAAACUGCAUACUCCGAGGACAUGGCUUUCUGACUCUGUAAGUUUUCUAUAACUUCAUAAUUAAAUAAUGUUGAAAAUUUAUUUAAAUGUUUCUAUAUGUAGUGGUACGAUAUAGGUACGAUUUGUGUACGAUGGUAGUACGAUAAUUAUAAGUGU